CAAUGAAAGACAGAGAAGUGAAGAAAAUUCCCACGUUUAUUAACGUCCUCUGAAGGCAUCAGCAGGGCUGUAAAGAAUCCGAGCAUCACUUAAACGCAUCGCAAGCCUGGUUGAGCGGAAGCGUCCGACCAGACACAGCUGAGAGUUUAACGAGACCGAACCAAGACCAGGACCCGCACAAGAGGUCCGUGUCGUCCGUGUCAGUGUGACUGGACCGGGAAACAAACCGGAACCGACUGACACGACGUCCGGGUCUGAUCCGAGAGACAGAACCCUGGAAGAGCCCUGGAUCCUCGAUCCUCAAGGAGAUCGCUGUGAGUCCAGGAUGUACUUCCUGUCUCUGAUCCUAAUCAGACUGUGGACCUAUUAGAUCUCAGAGGAGUCAUGAGCUUCGGAUCUGAGUCCUGGCAGUGGUUCAGGGUCCUGCUGGACUAGACUAACAGCAGUGUUUCUUAGACUUUCCAAGGAUCGGGACUAUGGGACCUCCGGUCGUUCAGGGAGCUCCUGUUGUACCAAAGAUGGGGGUCAGGGCCCGAAUGUCCGACUUGUCUCAGAGGAGGGAUGCUCAGGAGGGUCUGAACUUGAGCUUUCUGAGUCAACCUCCCCAUUCCAACAAGAGUCUGGACCCCCAGCCCAGGUCAGAGACCACAUUCCCAGUUCGCCCGAGUCCUUCCACCAGCAGGAGUUUGGCAAGGAUGAAGAGAAGCAACAGUGAGGUGACGAUCAGUGAUGUCAGAGCUGAAGACAUGGACCCUGCUGCCAUCAAUCGAAACACAGGCGCGAGUCUGAGGCGAAAGUGCUGCAGCACUUCGACACUGGACCGCCAAAGUUUGUCACGAUCCACUGAGACUCCUUCCUGGAGGCUGGAGCAGCACGUGCCCAGCGCACCGCCUCCAUUCCCAGAACCUCCACAGCCUCAUGCUGCACUGUCGCCCAGUCUGCAGACCGCCGCUCGCAUUGCUCAUGGGGAUGUCAUCUAUGUACCCGACUACGUGAACGCUUCGGUUUAUGUGUCGCAUGUUCAGAAAACAAAGCCGGAGACAUCGAUCCUCAGCAGACUAAGGAAUCAGAGGACAAACAGGGACAUAAGCCCCAGUGUGAUCUCUUACAAAUGCUUUUCUCAUUAUGAUAGUCAGAGUGUCCUCUUCGACUUCAGCAGUGGCUUUGUCCACCAAGCAGACCUCCAGCACAGAAGGAACAUCUCCACCUCUGGAUGUGAUGUGUUUGAUGGUUUAAGCCCUGAUGAACGUGAAAAAAACAACUUUCUGGUGAGUAGCUGUCCAUUCUUUCAUAAUGAGAUUGGAGGAGAGACGGAGAGGAGGCUGGGCCUGACUCGGGCCAACACCUCCACCUGCGGUGCUGCAGCGGACACAUCCUUCAGCGAUCCGCCGCUCAGCAUCCGCCGCACCAAUGCGAGCAUCUCAGUGUUGGAGUUCAGUGGAGGAACUCGGGCGUUCGACCAAAACCUGCUGAAUAAUCACGACAUUGAACACAUUGACCUGGGAGCCAGAUACUACCUGAAAUACUUCUACAACCAAGAUCACCAAAAUUAUUUUGGCAUUGAUGAGAACUUUGGUCCGGUGUCUCUGAGCCUCCGGCGAGAGAAACUGGAGGAGAGGAAUGAUGAGACACAGUACAACUACAGGAUGAUCCUCAGGACUGGUCAGCUGUCUACCCUCAGAGGAUCCAUCACAGAGGAGUCUAUCCCAUCUUCAUCCAAACACGGGACCAGUCGACGUCUUCCUCUGAGGGAUGUUCUCGAAUUUGUGGUUCCUCAACUUAGCAUCCACAGUCUCAGACUGGCUGCCGAUUCACCCAGAGUCCCUGAACUGCUGCUGCAGCUGGACCAGCAGGAGCUGAGGUUCCAGCGCAAAGUGGGUGUGUUAUUCUGUCGGGCUGGUCAGUCCACCGAGGAGGACAACAGUGACUCUGGCAGUCCCGCUCUAGAUCAGUUCCUGGACCUUCUGGGCCACAGAGGUCCACUGAAAGAUACCAGCGAUGACUCAACAGGGAGGCAGUCAGUUUUUACAACGUUCAGAGAAUUCAAGCUGAUGUUCCACGUCUCCACGGCAAGCAGCCCUCAGCAGCUGCUCCAUAAAAGUCUUACUGGGAAUGACUUCGUCACAGUAAUCUUCCAGGAGCCGAACUCCCCGCCCUUCACUCCGCAAAACAUCUGCUCACAUUCCCAACACGUCUUCAUCAUCGUUCGAGUCCACCGCCCCUGCAGCCAGCACACCUGUUACAGUGUUGCAGUGUCCAGGCAUAGAGACAUCCCGUUCUUUGGUCCCUUGAUCCCACCAGGUUGGAUGUUUUCAGCCUCACCUGAAUUCAGAAAUUUCCUGCUGACGAAGAUCAUUAAUGCUGAAAACGCUGCGCACAGGUCAGAGACCUUUGUCACAAUAACAGCACAGCGCAGACAGGAGCACCUGAAGGAGCUGGUGGAAAACUUUUCCACAUCAGUGCUAGUGGACUCAUCAUCUUCCAUCAAGUUCAGCUUCAUCUCUCUGGGAGUAAAGAAAAAAGAGCGCCGCGCACCACGGCCUCAUGCUUACCUGAACAGCGCCGGGGCUCUCACCUGGAGUGUGACAGCAAAAGACUUCAGCUGCUCUUUUGAUGUACCAUGCCAGCUCGCCGUCUCCAGUGAGUUUGUGGUGCUUGUAGAGGAAGCCAGCAGACAGGUAGUGUUUCACUGUUACUGCAGAGACGUGAUUGGCUGGAACGCCGGCCACAAAGGCAUUAAACUUUUCUACGAACACGGAGACUGUGUAAUGCUGUCAACACGAGAGAGAGGCUGGGAGGACAGCCGCGAGAUCGCCCAGAGACUGCAGCUGGUGACUCGUGGCAGUCCUGCUGUGGACAUGAUUCUGAGGAGGAACCGUCACGGUCAGCUUGGGUUUCACGUGAACUUUGAAGGAGUGGUGGCGGAUGUUGAGACCAACAGUUUUGCAUGGAAGGAGGGUCUCCGGCCCGGCUGUAGGAUAAUGGAGAUCUGUGCAGUCGCCAUAGUAAAGCUAUCACAUAAACAGAUGAUUGAGCUGCUGAGGACAUCGAUGAACGUGAGCGUGGUCGUUAUUCUGCCGCACAGAGAUGGGACACCGCGCAGGAGUUUCUCAGAAAUCUACCAAGUCCCGAGGUUUGAGUACAAACUGGACUCUGACAUCACUUCCUACCCAUUAAGAGUAACCCCACCCACCUGGCACAAGGUGUUAGAAGCUCCGCCUACUCAGAGCAUUCCAGAUGAACUGGAACAGAAGCUGAGACCAAUUAAACAAAUGAAUGAGGGAUCCAGGUCACCAAGCAAACGCUCGACUUCGGUUGACCCCGGACCACCUUUGACCCCACAAAGCCAUGCCCGGUGGGGAGCUCGUCCUGAUUGGUCAGUCAGCUCUGAAGAAGGCUCACUUGAGAAGAUUGGGAGAUCUAAAGAGGCCAGUCACCUUUGUCAUCAUGAUCAUCCUCAUUGUGUGACAAAGGCUCGGAGGGUUUUUCAGCCGAGUCUGACGGAUGCCAACAACACGCUUUCCAGCAGCAGCGGCAGCGAGGGCAGAUACUCCGACCAUCAUCUCGCUGACACUAAGAUGCCUUCAAUGGACAGCGGAAUUGACUCCGCCCCCUGCACAUCAUCGGCCCAACCAGCUGUGGCUGGGGCGACGCUGGUCCUGAGCGAUAUCCAGAGAGGCAAAUGGACAAUCUCAGCCGGUCACAUGACUAACCUGAGUGAGAUCUGCUCUCUGUCCUGUGACUGUCAUGGAUCCACCAGCUGGUCUGAGGGCAGGUCCAAAAGCAGUUCCUCUACCAGCUCACCUGAGGCCUUAAUCACAUGUAAAGAAGGCUCCACUAAGGAAACGGGGCUUACUCAAGAGGGGGAGGGGCUGAAGAGAUCCAGCAGGUGCAACAGAUUAAGCUGUGUUCCAAUAAAAGAUGUUGGUGUGAAGCAAUCUGAUGUCACUGCAGGUGAACAGUUGGUGUUACUAAGGCUGCUCCUGUCAUAUCAUCAUAAUGAUCAUCAUCUCUGGUUAAUUAGUAGAAACAGGAAGCACAAUGAACUUUCCCAUAAACACAUGUUGAAGCCCAUCAGAGUCCCUGGUGUUCCUCCUCCGUCUACAUGGAGAUCUCUGACCCACACGAUGUCACGUGACAUGUUAUACGGGAUUUUGUUUUGCUGUUCUCAGCUGCCGUCGGACCACCUGCCUCCACGUCUCAACAGCACGCUACCGCCCACCAUCGGCAGAAAACUGCCACUGCCGCUACAGAGGAGUAACCGCUCUUACUCUGACAGCUUAUUGGCUCUGAGGUCUGGAGAUAAACACAUGCCGCUCCCACAAGCCUCAUCACAGCUGGACUGGUUUCACCUGGAGAGCACUCAAGCCUUCAAAGCGGACAUCAAUCAGACACAACCCACACUGGGGGUGACAUCACAGAGCUCCGCCCUGGAGGACAGUGACAUCACAGCCCACUCCCUCUCAGGUGAAGUCCUCCGACUGGAAGAGAUUCUUCAGCAGCUGCAGCUCGACCUGCUAAAGGAGCAGCGGGACAAAGCUGCACUGCAGCAGCAGGUGCUGAGCCUCCGUCAGGAGAACCACCGCCUGCAGAUGGAGAGCCACAGCGCCGCCAAGCACAUCAGGAGGUUUGCCGCCUGGAUGCUGCGCCAGGAUUCAUUACCAUAGUAACACCACUAGCAUUUACUGCCCAUUCAGCUCUGUGUCACAUGGCACACAGCGGAUCGUGGUGACGAUGAAGAGUUUGGACCGUGAGCAGAACAAUUGAUCGCUAAAUUGAUUGCUGAACAGCACGAAGCAGCACGCUGGAUGAAGAUGAGGUGAUCUGACGGGUUACCUUGAAGUAGGCGGAGCCUCUCUAUGAUUCUUGCUGUUAUUUGUUUUCACACAGAGAUGCAGUGAAUUAGUGGCAGCACCACGAGCUGACCUCCGUGCGCUUCCACCUCUGUCAGCAUCGGAGCAGCUGGCAACGAUGAGCUUUUACUAAACGCCUCAGCGCAGAUGUUUAAGGAUGUGUUUUCUCUUCAGACUGUGGAUUAUAGAGAUGUUUUAUCCAAGCUGAAUCAGCUGAUCCAGAAUCAGCUGAUUAAUCCAAAACUCUUCUUUCAUGUGCAGAGAGAUCCGUCCUGCUCUCUUUCUGCUGUUACGUGUCUUUAUUUUUGUAAAGGUUUACAUCAGAAUUUACUUUUUUGGCCUAGAUUUCCUGGACAUGAUGUGAUUAAUACUGUAAUUACAGCAGCAUUCACAGAUAGAAGGUUCUUAUUUGGAAACAUUUUCAUCAGGUCGAUCGUUUCAGUUUAUAUAUUUUAUAUCUGUAUAUAUAAAAUAUGUGUUUCAUUUGGUCAGCAAUGAGCAGCCUGAGGAGGCGCUGUGGAGCCGCAUGUGUUUAAGCUGGCUGCAGGCUUGAUGUGAAUGAAGGUGAGGAAAGGUAAACGUGUAGUGGGCCCUGAGCAGUCACAUGACCGAGCCUCCAAGUCUGUGGACUUCAUAAACUCAGUGCGGCUUCAGGAGGAGCAGCCAAUCAGCUGUCAGAUGCUGCCCCCUGGUGGAAACAGCUGUGUAAUAAAAACUCAGUUUGUUCACCAUGGCAACAGUAAACCUUUACACUUUAUUUCUCUGAUCAAAAUAAACAUUGGAAACAG